ACUCCGGCUGCCUUCUCCUGAGAGACGGAGCAACAGCCAGAGCCCUGCCCAGGCCCAGCCGGAGCUGCAGUCCGAGCGCGGUGGUGCCCUCAGCCCCGUCCUCUUGUCCUCCUCAGCCUCGUUGGCAAAGGUGCCUUGGAAUUUGUGUCGCUGAGUCAGCAAGCCUUUCAGAUUUGCCCGGUUUUUGUUGUUUGUGGUUUGUAUCAAGAUGGGAACUCAAACAAGUCAUUCCUCCUAAGGAGCUGGUGUCUUCAUCCAGAAGGGACAGUUUGUGCCAGCUCUCCAGAGAGAAAAGUGCCUCCCUCCCCAGCGGUCCCUCGAGCAGCCCGGGGAACGUCCCUGCCACUGUGCCCGUGCAGAUGCCAAAGCCCAGCAGAGUCCAGCAGGCGCUCGCAGGCAUGACGAGUGUUCUGAUGUCAGCCAUUGGACUCCCCGUGUGUCUUAGCCGCACACCCCAGCCCACCAGCCCUCCCGCCUCCCGUCUGGCUUCCAAAAGUCACGGCUCAGUUAAGAGAUUGAGGAAAAUGUCCGUGAAAGGAGCGACCCCGAAGCCAGAGCCAGAGCCAGAGCAGGUCAUAAAAAACUACACGGAAGAGCUGAAAGUGCCCCCAGAUGAGGACUGCAUCGAGAAGCUGUCCGCAGCGUCUGGAUACAGCGAUGUGACUGACAGCAAGGCAAUCGGGCCCCUGGCUGUGGGCCGCCUCACCAAGUGCAGCCACGCCUUCCACCUGCUGUGCCUCCUGGCCAUGUACUGCAACGGCAAUAAGGAUGGAAGUCUGCAGUGUCCCUCCUGCAAAACCAUCUAUGGAGAGAAGACGGGGACCCAGCCCCAGGGAAAGAUGGAGGUAUUACGGUUCCAGAUGUCGCUCCCCGGCCACGAGGACUGCGGGACCAUCCUCAUAGUUUACAGCAUUCCCCAUGGCAUCCAGGACCCUGAGCACCCCAAUCCCGGAAAGCCGUUCACUGCCAGAGGGUUUCCCCGCCAGUGCUACCUUCCAGACAACGCCCAGGGCCGCAAGCUGCUGACCGAUGGCCACUACAUGACGCUGCCCCUGUCUCUGGACCAGCUGCCCUGUGACGACCCCAUGGCGGGCGCGGAGGCGCCCCCGUGCUGCGGGUGGGCCAUGACCACGGCUGCCACCAGCAGCCCUUCUGCAACGCGCCCCUCCCUGGCCCUGGACCCUAUCGGGAAGACCCCCGGAUCCAUCGACACCUGGCCAGGGCGGCGAAGUGGCAGCAUGAUCGUCAUUACCUCCAUCCUCUCUUCUCUGGCCGGCCUCCUACUCUUGGCCUUCUUGGCAGCCUCUACCAUGCGCUUUACAGAACCUGCUAAGGCCAUCAAACCUAUUGAUCGGAAGUCAGUCCAUCAGAUUUGCUCUGGGCCAGUGGUACUGAGUCUAAGCACUGCAGUGAAGGAGUUAGUAGAAAACAGUCUGGAUGCUGGUGCCACUAAUAUUGAUCUAAAGCUUAAGGACUAUGGAGUGGAUCUCAUUGAAGUUUCAGACAAUGGAUGUGGGGUAGAAGAAGAAAACUUUGAAGGCUUAACUCUGAAACAUCACACAUGUAAGAUUCAAGAGUUUGCCGACCUAACUGAGGUUGAAACUUUCGGCUUUCAGGGGGAAGCUCUGAGCUCACUGUGUGCACUGAGCGAUGUCACCAUUUCUACCUGCCUUGCAUCGGUGAAGGUUGGGACUCGACUGGUGUUUGAUCACGAUGGGAAAAUAAUCCAGAAAACCCCCUACCCCCACCCCAGAGGGACCACAGUCAGCGUGAAGCAGUUAUUUUCUACACUACCUGUGCGCCAUAAGGAAUUUCAAAGGAAUAUUAAGAAGACGUGCCUGCUUCCCCUUCGCCUUCUGCCGUGAUUGUCAGUUUCCUGAGGCCUCCCCAGCCAUGCUUCCUGUACAGCCUGCAGAACUUCUGGCAUGGAAAAGCCCCCGUGCAACUGGUAAAGAUAUCAAGAAGCACCAGGAGGUAUCUAAAUCCACCAGGAGCCAUAGGCAUCACGUCGACGUCCAUUUACCAGUCUUCCCUGGCAAGAUUCUUCUGAAUUGUGCUGCCUUGACCAAAAGAGGACUCCUAGAAGGACCCCACCCCCCUCCCCCCACCCCUGCUCCUAGGAGGACAACGUGAUGACUGUAUUGAGCUCCAUCAAGAAUGGUCCAGGUUCUUCUAGAUGAUGUGCACAAAUGGUUCCUCUCCUCCUUCCUGGUGUCUGCCAUUAGCAUUGGAAUAAAGUUCCUGCUGAAAAUCCACAUCUCCCCUGGGUCCGGUGUUCUGGAAGUGAGAGAGACAAUGUCACACUUCAAGGAGGCAGCUCUCUAGACAGGAAGGUUAUUCACGUCUCAUGUCAAGUCUAGAGUUCAGAGCAAUUGAGAAAUGCAAUUUUAUCUGCUGCCUUUCAUUCUAUGCCCUGCUUCUGAACCAUCGUGUUCAACUGUGAAACUCACACUUUGGUGACCACGACUCCAAAACUCACUUAAUACACCCAAGGUCAGCCCCAGUGCUCUGCUUCAUAGCAAGGACUUUGGGUGGGUCUGCCCAGGGAGUAGGGCACCCUCAGAGAAUGUGGCUUUGGACUUCAUCACAGCUGGGGCCUUUUGUGUCACUUAAGAUCCAGACUUGUAACCAUGCUAGAUGUGUUUGUAAUGUGACAACAUCAUGAACCACGAGUCCAGAAGCCUAAUCCUUAAUCCUACCUCCUCAUGAUGAAGUCUCAUGCUCUGUGCUCAAUGUGGUUAGCUGCACAAGAGGUAAACCAAAGCUUCACUGAACCCUCGACCCAAAUCGGUAACUCAAGUGCGUCAAUCAUAAUGAACCUCCCCAAACUCAGUAUUUAUGAUUAUUUUUGAGGCAGGGUCUCACUCUGUCGCCCAGACUGGAGUGCAGUGGCAGGAUCAGGGCUCCGUGCGGCCCCGACCUUCCAGGCUCCAGCGAUCCUCCCGCCUCAGCCUCCUGAGUAGUUGGGAGUAGAGAUGCGUCCCACAUCGCCUGGCUAAUUUUUGUAUUUUUGUGGAGAGGGGAUCUCGCCACGUUGCCCAGGCUUGAAGCCGGAUCAAGCAAUUGGGUUCUUCGGAUGUCCGAAAUAGACCCCAACAUUCUGCCUUUACCCCGGAGGAUGCAGAUGUACCUUCUCUCAGGCCGAUGACCUCAGGCCUCCACGGUCCCUGGAGCUCUAGGAAAGGCGAGCGCGAUCUCGCGCCCACACCCAGUGCUCUGGGUCAUAAGCCUGGAUCUGGAAAAACAAACGCCCUUUGAGAAGACGGGGACUCGCCAGGUUACCCCUCUCUCCCCUCAUCCAGCCUCCAGCCCACCCAAUUCCUCCCCACCUCCUCCACCUCCCCAGGCCCCACUCACCUCCUCCAACUCCUCCGGGGAAACCCAAGCCCUGCCGCUCAUGGAACAGAAGAAGUGGAACCGACGUUUCUGGAACAGGACUAUCUGAGAGCGGUUCUUCCUGGCCCUCGGGUUCAUGCAACGGCGUAACUGGAACCGACGCUUACGGACCAAGGGUAUGCGAGAGUGGUUCUUCCUGGCCCUCGGGUUCAUGGAACGGCCUAACUGGAACCAACGCUUACGGAGCAAGGGUAUGCGAGAGCGGGUCUUCCCAUACAGGAAGUGGAAGAUGUUUUCUUUGGAGUCCUCAUCGUCCUCCUCCAUGUCAUUGGCCAGGUAGCUGAGGACAGAAAUCAGGUUGCUGCUCAGGGGCACCACCAGGAGAGGCCUCCGGCUGAGGUCAGCUUCCCAGAGAGGAAGGUAAGGGACCGUCCCUAGCUCAGGACUGGCACCCACCCUGCAGAGAGCCAUGCCUUCCUCAGGAGGGCUCUGCUGGACAGAGACCGAUCAAGGGCGUCUCCCACUCCUUCAGGAUGGAGACAAAAACCCAACUGGUGGCUGAGAGUGGUGGCUUAUGCCUGGAAUCCCAGCACAUUGGGAGGCCAAAGCAGGAGGAUCACUUGAGGCCAGGAGUUUGAGACGGGCCUGGGCAACAUAGCAAGACCCUCGUCUCUAUUAAAAAUAGAAGAAAUAUGCCAGACGCGGUGGCUCAUGCCUGUAAUCCCAGAACUUUAGAAGGCUGAAGCAGGUGGAUCGCUUGAGACCAGGAGUUGGAGACCAGCCUGGUCAACACGGAGAAACCCCAUCUCUACUAAAAAUACAAAAAUCAGCCUGGUGCGGUGGCACACCCGUUAGGCCUAGCUACUCAGGAGGCUGAAGCAUAAGAAUUGUGUGAACCCAGGAGGCGGAGGUUGCAGUGAGUUGAGAUUGGGCCACUCCAUUCCAGCCUGAGAGGCAAAGCAAGACUCUGUCUCAAGAAACAAACAAACAAACAAACAAACUGUCCAGGUGUGGUGGCACAGCCCUGUAGUCGGAGCUAAUAAAGAAGCUGAGGUGGGAGGAUCGCUUGAGCCCAGGAUAUGGAGGCUGCGGUGAGCUAUGAUCUCACCACUGCACUCCAGCUUGGGGGACAGGGCAAGUCUGUCUCAAAAAAAUAAAAGAAAUUGAAUACAUUGAUAUUUUGCCAGGACCCUGCCUUCUACAGGCAUCUAGUCUAAUGGGACUGGGAGUAAUCAAGGCAGAUGACCUAAUCCCAGUGUCCAGGAUGUAACUAGAGAGCUACGGGCAUGCAGAAGUUGGAAGAUGAGGGAAGGCAUCACAGAGGCUGUGGGGUGAACUGACUUCAAGGAAUGGGUCCUUCCCUUCAGAGCCACAUGUGUGCGGGACACCCAGACAGAAAACACAAACACAAAGUCGAGUGGAGGGCAUUUGGAAGGAGCAGUGAAGCCGAGCCAGGAAAUACCAAGAUGGCGAGCCAGUGUGGUUGUAGAGAUUGUAGAGAGGGUAGAAUUGGCACUGUGGACCCUGGCCUCGAUAGAGAAAGGCAUCAGCUAAGGAAGUUGUUCAGGUGGGCAGUGAGGUUGUGGUGCUUUGGAAAGAUGUUCAGGCUGCACUAGGAAGCCCCCUGGCUUGGGGAGAGACUCCAGGAGACCCCAGCGGGGAGCAUUUGACAGUGGAUUCGAGUGAUGCGAGGGGGACCUGAACUGUGGCCUCUGUCAUGGGAACCCAGAGGAGGUUGAUGGCGUUUGUGGUUGAUGUGGGAAGGAGAGAGAGAGAAGAACCAGAAACGUCUGCUUGCUGGAGGAAGUGGCAUGUCCGCUCCUCCACUCCUUUUCUUUUCCCCUUAGGAGCGGUUUAUGGUUCCUUUUGUUUUAUUCUUUUAUUUGUACACUGGCAUUGGAGUUUGUUUUUUUGGCUUUUUUUUUUUUUUUUGAGAAAAAGUCUCACUCUGUCACCCAGGCUGGAGUGCAGUGGCUCGACCUUAGCUUACUGCAACCUCCACCUCCUGGGUUCAAAGGGUUCUCUUGCCUCAGCCUCCCGAGUAGCUGGGAUUACAGAUGCACUCCACCAUGCCCAGCUAAUUUUUCUAUUUUUAGUAGAGACGGGGUUUGGCCAUGUUGGCCAGGCUGGUCUCGAACUGCUGACCUCAGGUGAUCCGCCUGCCUCGGCCUCCCAAAGCGCUGGGAUUACAGGCAUAUGCCACUGUGCCCAGCCUGAGUUUCUGUUUAGAAACAACAGUCUAUGAUGGUAUAAUCCUCUCUUUUUUGUACACAGAGUAAAGAGGACAAAUAGGUGAAAGAAUAAAUGAAAGGCUGGAAUCCCACUUCCCCCGCUGUCCCAGGGCAUUGGAUAUUGACGGAUAGGAGGCAGCAAACCACUCACAGAGCCAGGAAGAAAUGAAUGCGUUGGUAUAGCCAGGAGGGGAAGCCGGCCCGGCUGAAAUACGCUAUGACCAUAGCCAGGAGAUACUGAUGGAGAGAAAGGAACACAGAGAGGGGGAGGUCACAUCUUGGAAGAGGAAGAUUGUGGAGAGGGGGAAUGAGGGUCUGGGGAGGGGCUGCCCAUCAGAGAAGGGACCUCAGUGUUGGGGUGACUGUACUCAUUUGGAAAUUGCGGGAUGGAGGGGUAUUCGAAGGUCGGAUGCAAACCCAAGAAGCCAGAGGAAGGGUUUUGGGUGAUGCUCCCAGGAUGGUGGGCUCCGAUGGUAUCUUUGGAGGGGGUGUGUCUAGGUCGGCUGGUGUCAGGAGGGUCAUUUGUGUGCCAGGCAGAGAACUGUCCCAAAGAGCUGAGAGUAGAGGGGCCAGGAGCUUCAGGGCUGUGGCCAGACUGUGGCCCAGAGCUCAGAUCCCAAAGGACCCAUAGGAGAGGCAGGGGCCACUCAUUCACUCUGCAAGAGACCAGCAGAAUCCUGAGGGAGAUGCUGACAAAUCAUAAAAAGACCAAGAAUAGCCGGGAGUGGCGGCUCAAGCCUGUGAUCCCAGUACUUUGAGAGGUGGAGACAGGAGGAUCAUGUGAGCCCAACAGUUGGAGAACAACCUGGGCAACAUAGUGAGACCCUGUUUCUACAAACAUUUCAAAAAUUAGUUGAGCAUGGUGGCAUGUGCCUACUCCGAGCUCCUCAGGAGGCUGAGGAAAGAAGAUUGCUUGAGCCCAGGAAUUAGAGGCUGCAAUAAGCUAUGAUCAUGCCACUGCACUCCAUCCUGGGGAGCAGAGCUAGACUCUGUCUCACAAAAAAAAAAUUUGUGGGUGCCAAGACUCAAGACUGUGGGAGCUGGUCGGGCACAGUGGCUGACGUCUAUAAUCUCAGCACUUUGGGAGGCCAAGGCGGGUGGAUCGCCUGAGGUCAGGUGUUCAGGACCAACCUGGCCAACAUGGCAAAAGCCCGUUUCUACUAAAAACACAAAAAUUAGCCAGGCGUGGUGGUUCAUGUCUGUAAUCCCAGCUGCUUGGAGGCUGAGGCAGGAGAAUCGCUUGAACCCGGGAGGCAUCGGCUGCAGUGAGUCAAGAUAGAGGCACUGCCCUCCAGCCUGGGCAACAGAGCAAGACUCUGUCUCACAAAAAAAAAAAAAAAAAAAAGAAAGACUGUAGGAGCAUCUGGUGGGAGGUGGUGGAGGGAGAACUGUGGGUUUGGAAGCUGCGCCCUCCCCCCAGCCAUGCGUUGGAACAGGAACAGUUACAUGGAGAACAACCUUACCUUGUCCGACACCCUCAGAUCUUUGUCCCAGGCCAGGAAUCUUUUAAUGACAGGAUCCUCUGUGAUUAGAGAGCAGAUGUCAGUGUGAGAAGCAGGACAGGGUUUCCGUGGGAGCAGCAGGGCAGCGAGGAGAAGUGUGCCUCCCGGGGGGAAGUCUCAGGAUUGUGGCCGCGGGUGAGGUGGAUGGGAGAGGGGAGAAUGACUUUCACUGGGCAAGGGAGAGAGGCUCCUGCUCUGAGACUCCCCUGAGAAGAGGCCGAAGGAGGCCCUGGGUGUGAGAAUCUACAGGAUGUAGAGCUGGGAAUCAGCCAGGAGCCCCUCCAGCAGACACGGAGGGACCACUGCAGAGUCAUAGAGGAAUUCCCAUCAUUUCGUCAUGAGACAGUCACAUCAGGGUGUGACCAUGGCCUUGGUAUCCCCCACUAUGGAUGGAGACACUUAGGUUUAGAAAAGUCAGUAAGAGACAUUAAGUUUCAGAGGGCACAGCUGAAACCACUUUCUUUGUUUAUUGAUUUUGUUUUUCUUGGAUUUUUAUUUUUAUUUAUUGAUUAAUUUAUUUUGAGACAGAGUCUUGCUCUGUGGGCCAGGCUGGAAUGCAGUGGCCUGAUCUUGGCUCGCUGCAACCUCUGCCUCCCGGGUUUAAGCGAUUCUCCUGUCUCAGCCUCCCGAGUAGCUGGGAUUACAUGCAUGAGCUACUGUGCCCAGCCUUGGUUUUUCUUUUGAGACAGGGUUUUGCUCUGUCACCCAGGCUGGAGUGCAGUGUUGUAGUCAUAGCUCACUGCAGCCUCAAAGUCCUGAGUUCAAGCAAUCAUCUUGCCUCAGCCUCCCAACGUGCUGGGAUCUCAGGCAGGAGCCACCGCGCCUGGCCCAAAACCACGCUUUCUUAUCCCAAGCGCUGACCUUUAUCAAGUUGACCUAAUCCUUUAUCAUCUCCUAAGUGUCCCUCAUGAGUGAUCACUUCACAUUCCUCCCACAUGGAGAGCUCACCCACUGGGGCAUAUUUUUCCCAUUGGAAAAGUGUGGUUAUUGGAAGUUUCCUGUUUUUGGAAAGAACAGGAUUGGAGGUGCUCUCUGGGGUGUCUUCCUACCAAGCAGCCUGUUGAAGGCCUCGUGGUGCUCAGGGAGCACGAGCGACACUCGCCGUCGCUUCAGCUUCAUCUUGAGGCCACACAGCAUCUCUGCCACCCAGAUCUCCUCAGGCUCAGGGGCGAGCACCUUCCGUAGCUCCUCCUCCGACUCCUCAGAUUCGUCCCACCACUCCAUCUUCCUUUUCCAGCAAAAGGACCUAUGCGGGGGGCUGGGAUCUACCCCAGGGGCUGAGUAAAGAAACCAGGCCACGGUGUAA